UCAAUAUGACUGUUGAAAGACAAAGAAAAUGUCUGCUUUUGAUGAUAUUUUUUGCAUUCGGCAUUUGCUGUGCGGAUGCUGCAUAUCUGAGAAUUUAUUGCGGAGAGAACUUUGACGAAUACGAUGAGUUUGAUUUGGAAUCUCCGCUGGGACUUUUGGAUUCGACUGGAUACGAUGAAAGUCGACAUACUGUUAUCUACACAUUCGGUUUCCAAGGAAAAGCUAAUGGACAGUCUGUAAAAACGAUCGUAGAAACUUAUUUGAGAAUCGGCAAUAUCAAUAUCAUUCUCUUUAAUUGGGAAAAGGAAGCAACCACACCUCUAGGAGCAAUUUCAUAUGGGACCAUAGUUGCGAAAACUGUCAAUAAGCUUGGCACAAAACUGGGAGACGUCUUGGUCUCAUUAGUAUCAGCAGGCCUGGAUAUUAAUAAGGUUCAUUUAAUUGGCUUUUCUCUUGGAGCACAACUUUUUGGAUACACAGGGCGGCAAGUGAUAAGGAAUAAUUUCCAAAUACAGAGAAUUACAGGGUUAGAUCCAGCUGGUCCUUUGUAUGAUGGAAAGUUCUUCGAAUCUCUAGACGAAGACAGCGCUAGUUUUGUCGACGUUUUUCAUACUAACCCAAGCGGGCUAGGUAGUCAUAAAUCACAAGCUACAAUUGACAUCUGGUUUAAUUGUGAACGGAAAUAUCAACCAGGGUGUGAAGUUGAAGAUGACCCAGUAUUGUGCAGCCAUGACCGUUCCUGGAAAUAUUAUAGUGAAGGUCUCGAAAACCCAAACUCCUUCCAGGCGGUAUCGGCGAGCGGUUGCCUCGAUUGGUUACAUAAAGAUGAGGAUGGACAAGUAAUCUACAUUGGUGGCAACAGUACCCUGAACUACAGUGGUGAUUUUUACUUAAGUACAUAUUCCAAGUCCCCCUACAGUAAAGGGGCUGACGGUGUUUAUAAAAAUUCUUGUACUUUACAAUAAGAAUUUUAGAAUUUAAUAUUGAAUUGUUAUGUUUUGAAAAAUAAUGGUUUUUCCUUGGUAUAUUGACUUGAACAUUUUUAAAAACUUCCAACGUAUAAUAAAACAGUUAAAUAUGAUGAUGAUGGUGAAUAUAUUACAAAUUAAUUGAA